AUGUCAUCUUGUGCUGAUACAUGUGAAAGUUGCGGCAUUCCGUUUACCACGCGAGACACAGUGAUCUUCUGUCAAGAAUGCCACGCUCCUUUCCACAUCGAGUGCUCAGGCGUUCGUACAAACCGUAGCAACUGGACGUGUCAGAGCUGCAAAAGCGGGACAGCAAAGGCGAAGAAACAGGUCUCUUCAGAUAACGACAGUAACAAACUAGAUAAAAUAUUCAACAUGCUCCAAGACCUCGUGCCGCUGAAAGAUAAAGUGUGUGCCAUGAGCGAAACACUUGUUCAAAUGGAGAGCUCGCUUCAAGUAAUGUCUGACAAAUAUGACCAAGUACUCUCCGAACUUUCCCAUCAGAAACAGGAAAUAGGCGCCCUUCGAAAGCGUGUAGACAAGAUUGAACACAGUGCCGUUCAACUGAGCGCGCUGGAAAGCGUAAAACGGGAUCUAAACGACCUUGAGCAAUAUGGCCGGAGGAAUAAUCUUGAAAUCCAUGGUAUUCCUUAUGCCCCGAACGAGAGUCUCUUAGACAAACUAAGCGAAGUUGCAGCAGUUCUGAAUGUGCCUCAGCCAGACACCAACAGCAUCGAGGCAAUUCACAGGCUACCGUUCAAACCGGGAAAAAUCCCCGCAGUAAUCGUCCGGUUCACGAACAGAUCCAUUUGUGAACGUUGGCUGGCCAACAGAAGCAAGCUUCCAACCCAUAAAAUUGACAACCAAAACAUAUAUGUUAACGAGAACUUGACCACAUCUAAUCGAAAACUGUUCUACGACGCUCGAAUGCGCGCCAAGGACUUGCACUACAAAUUUGUAUGGCAUAAGUACGGUGCCAUAUAUGUAAGAAAGGACGAAUCUGAAAAACCCAUCCGUGUAAGCUCCACCGUGGACCUUAACAACCUCGUUUAA